CUGAGUCAAAAGCCAAGAAGUCUCGUUAUUUACGCCUACCUCCCAGCCCCUGGCAAUCUGACUAAUAACAAACUGAGCUAACAAGAAAGACUAGAAAGAGCAGAGAGAACACAGAAGCAGUCUGGAUCUAAAAAUCAGACAAACCAAGUGAUCAAGUAAAGCCCUGCUGAACAUCUUGUUUGUUUACUUCAUCCAAAUGCUUGCAAACAGUUAACUAUAUGCAGAAAAGUCAGCGUAGCUGUGAAGUAUGCUGUGAAUUUUAAUUGAGGAAAAAGGACAACUGAUUACAGGAUGGUCUAAUGUGCACUCUGUCUGGAAGAUUUUUUCAAUUGGAAGCUUUGUACUUUGUCUUCUGAACAAGGAUUUCGACUUUAUGGAGCUGUAACGUUACCAGAGCUUGCAGCGAAGAAACUCAGACCAAAGUGUGCAUUUUUCACAAAGAAAAAUUACAUUGCAUUCAAACAGCUGCUCCAACUGUGCAUUACUGGGUGUUUUGGGCAGUUUUACGGCUGUGCAGAAUCUGCUGGGCAAGAUGAAGCUCUGGAUUCUUAUGGUAUAUUCAGUUCUGGUUGCAUCUGACCCUUUCCAGUCAGAGUCUUCUUUUUCUUCAGUCAGAGGAUCUUGUCAGAGUUUGUGUUCCUGUGAAGAAAAGGAUGAUACCAUGAUUAUAAACUGUGAAGAAAGAGGCAUCAAGAUGGUAUCAGAAAUAAAUGUCCCACCAUCACGGCCUUUCCAUCUUAAUCUGUUAAACAAUGGCCUGACUACGUUACAUGUGAAUGAUUUUGCUGGCCUUGUUAAUGCUAUCUCUCUACAUCUUGGAUUUAAUAACAUUGCAGAUAUCGAGCCUGGGGCUUUCAGUGGUCUCAGCCUUCUUAAGCAACUUCAUAUCAAUCACAAUUCUUUAGAAAUACUUAAAGAAGAUACAUUUAAUGGAUUGGAAAAUUUGGAGUUUCUUCAAGCAGACAACAAUUUCAUCACAGUGAUUGAAGCAAGUGCCUUUAGCAAGCUCAACAGGCUUAAAGUGCUUAUUUUGAAUGAUAAUGCCAUUGAGAAUCUUCCUCCGAACAUAUUUCGUUUUGUGCCAUUGACCCAUUUAGAUCUUCGUGGAAACCAAUUACAGACACUGCCAUAUGUUGGCUUUUUAGAACACAUUGGUAGAAUACUAGACCUUCAGUUGGAAGACAAUAAAUGGGUCUGUAACUGUGAUUUGCUUCAGCUGAAGAUAUGGCUUGAAAACAUGCCUCCUCAGUCAAUAAUAGGUGAUGUUGUUUGCAAUAACCCUCCAGUUAUCAAAGGCAGCAUCUUAAGCCGAGUGAAAAAAGAAUCACUUUGUCCUACUCAUCCUGUCAAUGAACUUGAAGAUCCUUCAGGGUCACUACCCUUGGUUGUAACCACCUCUAUUGGUGAUAGUCACCUAUCAACUAAGGUCAUUCCUAUCCUGAAAGCUCCUACUAAAGAACCAGGUUUAGUGCUUCAUACUUCAAAGCCAACUACUCAAUUUCCAGGAAUUUAUUGUCCCAUUCCCUGUCACUGCACCAGCCAUACGCUCUCAGGAGUUCUCAUGCACUGCCAAGAGCGAAAUAUUGAAAGCUUGUCUGAUUUAGGACCUCCUCCUACAAAUCCUAAAAAGCUUAUUCUAGCUGGAAACAUUAUUCAGACAUUGCUGAAGUCAGAUCUUGUGGACUAUGCUAGCCUGGAAAUGCUUCAUCUGGGGAACAAUCGUAUUGAAAUCCUCGAGGAAGGAUCUUUUAUGAAUAUGACUAGACUGCAGAAAUUAUAUCUCAAUGGCAAUCAUCUUACAAAGCUAAGUCAGAAUCUCUUUCUUGGCCUUCAGCACCUUGAAUACUUGUACCUUGAAUAUAAUGCCAUCAAAGAAGUUUUGCCGGGGACAUUUAAUGUGAUGCCAAAACUUAAGGUCCUGUACUUAAAUAACAACCUUCUGCAGACUUUACCACCCCAUAUCUUUUCAGGGGUUCCACUUACCAGAUUAAACCUAAAAACAAACCAGUUUGCUCAUCUGCCUGUGAGCAAUGUCUUGGAUGAACUGGAUAUGCUGGUACAAAUUGAACUUGAAGACAACCCCUGGGAUUGUACCUGUGAUUCAGUUGGGCUACAAAAAUGGAUACAAAAGCUGAGUAAGAACACACUGAUGGGUGAUAUUUUUUGUAAAUCUCCAGGACACCUAGAAAAAAAAGAACUGAAAUCCCUAAACAGUGAAGUCUUGUGUCCAGGUUUAUUAAACAGCCCUGCCCUACCAUCUCAUGCCAGUUUUGUAGUUGUGACAACUUCUACUACUACCAACACUGCAGACACAAUCCUGCGGUCCCUUACAGACGCUGUCCCACUUUCUGUUCUAAUACUAGGACUGCUAAUUGUGCUUAUAACUAUCGUAUUUUGUGCAGCAGGCGUAGUUGUUCUUGUUCUGCAUCGGCGGCGAAGAUGUAAAAAGAAGCAAGCAAAUGAACAAAUGAGGGAUAGUAGCCCAGUUCACCUCCAGUACAGCAUGUAUGGGCAUAAGAAAACACACCACACAACGGAGCGCCCAGCUGCAGCUCUCUAUGAGCAGCGUAUGGUUACUCCCAUGGUUCAGGUCUAUCACAGUCCAUCCUUUAGCCCCAAACACACUGAGCAACAAGAGGAAGGAAGUGAGAAAGAAGUUAAAGAUUCCACACAUCUCCGCAGAAGCCUCCUGGAAAGAGAGAAUAGUUCACCUCUUACUGGUUCAAAUGUCAAAUAUAAAGCUACAGAUCAAUCUGCUGAAUUUCUGUCUUUUCAAGAUGCCAGCUGCUUGUAUAGAAACAUUCUUGAAAAAGAGAGAGAACUGCAGCAACUAGGGAUCACAGAGUACCUACGAAAAAAUAUUGUCCAGCUCCAGCCUGAAAUGGAAGUUCAUUAUCCUGGAACACACGAGGAAUUGAAGUUAAUGGAGACACUAAUGUACUCCAGACCAAGAAAAGUUUUUCUAGAACAAACUAAAAACGAGUAUUUUGAACUCAAAGCUAAUUUACAUGCUGAGCCUGACUACCUGGAAGUCUUGGAGCAGCAAACAUGAAAUAACACAUUGGGCUGGGCCAAAUUUCUCUAAUUCUGUUUUAAGUUAGAACCAUUGUAAAUAAAAGUGCCUUAUAAUAAGUCAACAGUCAGAACUUAAGCACAGCAGUAAUCCUAGCAAAAAAAACAAAACAAAACAAAAAAAACAACAACAAAAACAACUCAGGGAUCACUGUGGGAAGCCAUGGGGUUGUGUGCAGAUAAUGUCUCAUCCCCAGUUAAACAUGAACUGUAUGAUUGAACUGUGGGAGGAAGACUGCUUAUUGCAAUAUUCCUCAACGUGUUUUAAAGGUGUGUAUGGCACUCUCCUUUCUGUACCUAACCUAUGGAAAAAUAUUUGUUUCUUGUACUCUUUCUGUCAAAUUAAUUACAUUCCUUAAAACAAACAAAAACACCUGUGUUUGUAGUUACAAGGUUACAGUGUAUUGGUUAGGUGUUAGCAUAUGCACUGCAUAUAUGACCAUUGUCUACAACAACACCUAACAUACCCUUGUAAUAACUAUGAAAGGAUUUGAAAAGUUGUCAUACUAAAUGUCAGUUAAAAACAAAAGGAAAGAUUUUUGUGUAUGCACCCAUACAUCCAGAGCCUUCAAAAACUUAAUAUUUUACAUGGAACUUCAUCAAAUAUGUUCUUUAUCACUUGAGGAAGGAAGAAUAUCUAAGUUUAUGCAACAUCUUACAACAAGAAGAAAAAAAAGCAAGCCUUUGCAUACUUUUCCCUAUCUGAUAGCUUUACUUAAGUUUGGACAAUCUUUUCUUAAGCUGCUGCUAUAAAAUAGCGUGCAUCACUGGUGUUUCAACUCACAACCAUGGGCAAUUUGAAAAGCUACUGAGAAUCAGCUGUAAAUAUAUUGCUGUGUUUAAUAAGUUUGAUUUUUAUGUCUAUCAAUAUAUAUAAAUAACUUCUGUACUGGCUUUAAAUAUACCUGGAGGAAAUAAGUUUGCUGUGGCUAGGAGCUUCCAGGUGCCAAAGCAGGUCCUGACUGACACUACCCAAAAGCAACUCCAACCCCCCCCCAAAUAACUGCAACAACACACGUGUAUGAGGAACAGUAAUAGUAUUUAGAUGUUGUUUGUAUUAAAAAUAUGUUAUAUUUUGCAGAAUCUAGAAGAACAUAGUGUUGUGGGAAAACAGGAUAAAAAAAGUAGAACACUGCAGAUUUAUUUUUGCAAUAAAUUCUAGCUAGAUUUAUAUUUACUAUUUAUUCUGUAUAAUUUUGUAUUUUAUUUUUUUUUUCAAUUCACAAGAAAAGAAAAAUCUUAUUCCUGGCUGCCUUUCAAGCAAAUCAAGGAACUGGUCUCUUUCAAUGAAAAUGAAACUAAGAGUUUUUUAAAUGUCUUUUUCUUAGAGGUCACUUUUUAAAGAACAAGGUCACAACUUCUUCAUGCACAAGUUUAGAACUGUUCAGGAAUUUUCAGAAGACAAGGCUUCUCACUCUUGCCAUGUGGUCAGGAGCAUCUUGUCUGGAGUGCAGUAGGGCCAUUCAAUUUCUGUGCAUAGUUGACACAGUGCCAGAACACAAAUUAUGACCUGCAUUUAUCUUCUUCUAAACAAAUCUGUGGUAAAUUGUCUAUGUGUGAAUAACUUCUUUUUUUUUUUCCUAAUUUCUAUUUGUAGAGCUAAGAAUCAUUUGAAUUUCUACAUAUGUAUGCCAAACUUAGCACUGAAGUUUUGAUAAACUAAAAGAGAUAUGUUCUUUAGUUCAUCUUACUGCUGACGUCUUACCUAUUUGUAUACAUAUAUGUGAGUUCUUUAUUUUCUUUGCACAUGGGUACAUAGGUUUCUGACAGAAUUUUUUCCUAUGUUGUAUACAAAAGUCAAAUUAUCAGUUCUUUCAAAUUUGCAUAGAGAUAAUUACCUUGAUGGUGCUAUCCUAAUUUUUGUAACCCAAGGAUCUGACCACUUGUUUCUGUUAACAAUUCAACUUCCUUAUUAAUAUUUUUAAAAAGUCAUCACUUUGCUAUGGAAGUCAACCCUCUUAGCUUCCAAGAAUCAAAAUGUUAGUUAUAAGAAAAUAAGUAUUCUUUCCUCUUUCUACAGCUGAGAAUAAUUUAGUUUAGAAAACCUCUGUAUUGAGGAAGCGUAAAUCUGGUUGCAAUAUAUUUCUUCCUUGCUAUCUUUAUUCUAGACAAGUAAAGGUAAUGCUAAGUAUUACUUGUGGAGGUAAGGGUGAGACAAAGGGGAAAAUGCAACUACUUUAAUUUUACAUUAACUUAAGUAUUUAGUGUUAUUUUAGCUGUCCUUGCACAUCUGAGACAUGUGGCAUGUCUCUUCAUGGACAUGUCAGAGAACCUAUGGAAACCCCUGCUUUCAUCUAGAGGGGCAACUGAAGCCCAGGUGAGAUGGCUUAGAGCACUAAAAUGACUCUAAUUGUCUACAUCUAAAAAAACUAAAUUAAAUUCUGAAAAUAAUCUAUUAAGAAACAAUGAAAAAUUGAAUUCAGUCAAUAGAACUGACAAUAGAAAGCUUUGAAUUUUAAACAGACCCACAAAUAUCCUUGUGUGAAUUCUCAGAGAUCUUAAAUUAAUGUGGAGAAAAAACAACAACAUAUAUGGUAUAUAAUAACAGAUUUUAGCAUUUCCGUGUCUUUCAUUUCAGUAGUCAUUUCCACUAGUAAAAAAUGGGUGUAAAAAUAAUUCUCUGAAAUUGGCAAGAUGCAGGAAAAUGAUGAAUCAGGCCCUCAGGCUUUGAUUUAAGAGAAAUAGUUUUAGACUAAAGACAAUUGCCACAUGCACAGAUGUCACUUUGCUUAGCUGCUAACAGUUACUUGGCAGAAUGUUGAGGACAACUGUGUGGCAAAACAUUUUUCUGCAUUGCAGUCUCAAGGAAUCAAAAAAAAAAAGCUAAAUUCAUGUCAAAGCAACUCAGUUACACAGCUGUAUCAGAGCAUCACUCAGCAGAAGUAAAUAGAGAUUUAGCUUUUAGCUUUCCAUCAGCAGGGUGAUUCAUACCAUUCAUUAUAUUAGGGUGACUGUACUCUGUGGUAGUCUGUAACGCUGCAAGUGGUUUUGCAGUCAGUAGAAUGCGGCAUGUCAUCCAUUUUCCUAUCAUCUGUCCCUGCUGGACUGCCAUGUAGUAAAUGUUUGUAUGACAAGGUGAGAGCAGGUCUGUCUAUAGACUUCCUUCAUAAUAACAUUCUCAGACAGUAACAGUGAGAGAAUGAGGAGAUUUUUUCUUUUUUCAGGAGGAAAAUUUUUAUUGCCAUAACAAAAAGGGAUAAGAAUUUGGCCUUAUAUGAUUAUUCUUCAGAUGAAGAAUAUCAAUAUCAGCUGAUAAAGUCAUAACAUAAGGAAGGUAUUGUACAACAGAAGAAGGAUGAAGUAUGUGUUCCCAAAAGUUCCUUGGGAACUUAUUUUCAUUAUAUUAAUUAGCAAUGUGUCCCUAACAUUGUUACUGAUGUUUCUUGAAAGUUGGGAGUGGUAUUCAGAUUUUGUUGUUGUUGUUGCUAAAGCAAUGUUCUUGUAUUUAUUCACUUAUUUAUUUUCCAAUCACAGACACAGUAAAGUGAUUUUACACAUUUCACUUAUCUAGAAUAAUGGAGGCUGGAAGGCAAAGCAAUGCUUGACAGUCUGCAAUGAAGUGGAUCCAUUUUUCUCCUGUCAGCACGACAGUUUAAUUGAGUGGAGGAACAGUGUACAGGAAACAGGUGUACUUGGCAGCUAUGUUAUUGUUGUUAGUGUACCUCAAAGUAACCAACAUUAACAUUUUUCCCCUCAUAUUUGAGUGAAUAAAAUAUAUUAAAUAACAAUAUAGAC